CUCCAUCAUCUCCUCUCACCAUCUCGGCCUCGGUCUCCGUCCCCUCAUGCCCUCAAACGCCUGCGACAGAUGUCACCGCCGCAAAGUCCGCUGCGACAAAAUCCAACCUCAAUGCGGACCCUGUAAGCGUGCUGAUGUCGCUUGUGAAUAUGCUGUUAGUGAACAUCAGUUGAGGCGGAGGAAUGUUCAGAAGUUGGAGAGGAGGAUUAGGGAGUUGAUGGAUUGUAAUGAGAGUUUGACGCAGCAGUUGAGACGGUCGGAGGAGGUAACAAGGAGAUCUGAAGAUGUUGAGAGACCUGGGACGGAAGUGGUGCAGGAUAGUCCGGGGGAUGGAGAGGUGGCCGAGGAGGUUAUUCAGAUGAGUCUCAUUGCAGGCGGAGGCCAUCACUUCGUCGGUUCAACAAGCGGUCUUCUCCUCGCCAACCUCCUCCAGUCUCGCCCUCAACCAUCCUCAUCUCUCACCACAUCAGGCUGGAAACCAAACUCCCUCCCCGGUCUAACCUCACCACAAGCCAACUCCGGUCUUCCCCCCAAAACUCUCGCCUCAGAACUCCUAAAAGCCUACUGCAGCCAUGACCAUCUCUGCUACCCCUUCCUCUCUACAAAAUCCCUCUACCGAUCUUUAGACGCUGUGUACGAAGAGUCCAGCGCCAAAGAUCCCGUCGAUGCUUUCUUCGUUGACAUGACGCUUGCGAUCGGCACGGCGCAGGUGCACAAGUUCAACUGGAACGGGGUAUAUGAUGCUGAGACGCAUUAUAACCGCGCCAUGACGAGACUAGCCGAUGUACUGGCGAGAGAUGGGAUUGAGAGGUUGCAGGCGCUGCUGUUGGUGUGUCAGUAUAGAAUGGGCACGACGUCGAGUAAUACCACGACUAGUGUUUGGCAUCUCAUCGGCGUUGCGGCGAGGACGUGUCUUGAGAUGGGCCUUCAUCGAGCGGCGACUUAUGCGCUUCCGCAGACGUUGGAUGAUGCGACGAGGAAGGUUAAGGAGGAGGAGAUGGAGACCAAGAGGAGAUGUUUCUGGAGUCUUGUUGCGCUGGAUCGCGUGACGAGUCUUGCGCUUGGAAGGCCUUUGGCACUACAACUUGAAGACAUAGACGUUGAUCUUCCUCCUUCGUCAACAGCAGAUCAACUCCCAGAGGAUAGCAGUCCUCUCUCAUCAGCACCCUACGGAACACCUCAAUACCGCGCUGCAACAUCUGUGUUCGUCCACAUCGUUCGCUACCGCCUCAUCUGCGGCAAGAUCAUAAACGCCCUGCACCGCAGCGCCAAACACGUCACAUUCCCAAAUGCAAGCUAUGAAGAGAUGCGAACAGCUCUAGCGAGGGAGUUACAAGAGUGGCAUACAGAAACAGCAAGCCUACCCCUCGUUAAGAGCGACACGGCUGCUUCGCCGGCUAGUGGUUCGAGUUUCCGCUCCGAGGAGUGGUAUAGGCUUUUGUACCAUAACGGUAUGCUCAUGCUGUUUCGGCCGUCGCCGUGUCUGAACGAUGCAGCUGUGAAUAGCCAUGCGCUGCAGAAUGUUUACGACUCUGCGAGGGAGGCUAUAAGCUUAUAUGCGAGUUUGCACCGAUCGCGAAAGUUGAAUUAUUCGUGGAUUACGAUGCAUGCUGUCUUCUUAGCUGGGUUGUCAUACAUCUUUGCUCUACGGCAUCAUUUCUCAGGUUCUGAACCUCAGCGCGCGAGGUUACAUACAACACCUACCAUCAACCAAGUCGUCAACGACACGAGGGCUUGUUCGAAAGUGUUAGUAGCUGUUUCGGAGAGAUGGGAUCUUGCGAGGAAUUGUUCGGAUUUGUUUGAUAGACUGAGUGAUGCGGUGGUAGCUGAUGUCGUGGAGGCGAGCGUUGCGGCGCCGGUGCAGUUUUCGGCGGAUCUGGCGGGUAUGACUGUUGAUAGUACUUUUAGGGAUUGUUUUGGGGAUUUGCAGAGUUUGGGGCUGGAUGAGUUCCAUAAUGAUGCUAUUUCGCAGUUGAGUCAGGAGUGGUUUUUUGGAUUGGGAGGUGAGAGUCAUCCGUAUUAUUGAUAGUAACCGUGUACUUUAUCAAGGUACUUCUUCUUAUUGGAUUUUUCUGC